GUUCCAUUGUGUGGCGUUCACAGCCGUGCCGUACUGAAUGUAUAUAUAAGAGGUACUGCGAGCGGGCGAAGAAUGGGUAACUGCUACACGGUGGGGCCGAACGAAGCCCUUGUAGUGUCAGGUGGCUGCUGUGGGUCAGACCAGAAGACAUAUGUUGUGGGAGGUUGGGCUUGGGCCUGGUGGCUCAUCUCAGACAUUCAGAAACUGACUCUGGAGGUUAUGACCAUCCUCUGUCGCUGCGAGAAUAUCGAAACCUCGGAGGGUGUCCCCUUGGAUGUGACAGGGGUCGCUCAGGUAAAAAUCAUGACUGAUAAGGAUCUGUUGGCAGUGGCCUCUGAACAAUUUCUGGGAAAGACUGUCAUGGAGAUCAAAAGUGUUGUUCUGCAGACUUUAGAGGGACACUUGCGUUCAAUCCUGGGCACCCUGACGGUGGAGCAGAUCUACCAGGAUAGGGACCAGUUUGCCCGGCUGGUGCGGGAGGUGGCUGCCCCUGAUGUGGGUCGCAUGGGGAUUGAGAUCCUCAGCUUUACCAUCAAGGAUGUUUAUGACAAGGUAGAUUACCUGAGCUCCCUGGGGAAGACACAGACAGCAGCAGUCCAAAGAGAUGCAGACAUUGGUGUGGCUGAGGCUGAACGGGAUGCUGGGAUUAGGGAAGCUGAAUGUAAAAAGGAGAUGAUGGAUGUCAAGUUCCUGGCAGACACUAAAAUGGCCGACUCCAAACGACAGCUGGAAAUGCAGAAAGCUUCUUUCAACCAAGAAGUGAACACUAAGAAAGCUGAGGCCCAGCUUGCAUAUGAGCUGCAGGCAGCCAAGGAGCAGCAGAAGAUCCGGCUAGAGGAGAUUGAGAUUGAGGUGGUGCAGAGGAAGAAGCAGAUCAUCAUUGAGGAAAAGGAGAUUGACAGGAUGGACAAGGAGCUCAUUGCCACGGUGAAAAGACCUGCUGAGGCUGAGGCCUACAAAAUGCAGCAGUUGGCUGAGGGGCAGAAGAUUAAGAAGGUGCUCACAGCCCAGGCGGAGGCAGAGAAAAUCCGUCAGAUAGGGGAAGCUGAGGCUAGCUCCAUCAAGGUCGUGGGGAAGGCAGAGGCUGAGAAGAUGAGGCUGAAAGCAGAGGCUUACCAACAGUAUGGAGAUGCUGCCAAGACUGCCCUGGUCCUGGAGGCCUUGCCAAAGAUUGCAGGUGAAGUUGCGGCCCCUCUUGCUCGCACCAAUGAGAUUGUCAUCCUGAGUGGGGAGGGCAGUCACGUGACUGGGGAGGUGAAUCGGUUGCUUGCAGAGCUGCCUGUCACUGUCAAUGCCCUCACUGGAGUGGACCUGUCUAAGAUUCCUUUACUGCAGAAGAUGACGAAUCCUCAAGCAUGAAGACACUAGCCUCCCAGACGUUUUCCUCUAAUAUCUCUGUUUUAUGCACUCACAUCAACUGCCUUCAGUACAAACACUUGAAAUUAGGAUUUGGGAUGUUUUUUCUACAAAUAAGUGGAUCUUUUUGGACCCUUGGUGCCUUAGUUCAGACCACAAAAUCUGCAUGUACAGCCUCUCUCCUUAAUACCAGUCUCCGUUUUUGUGAAAUUAAACGGAUGCAUUUUCAGUAUUUACAGGCAUAGUAUGUAAUGCAUGUAAAUCAUGUUUAAAGGGAUAUUGUAUCACCAACACAAAGAUGUUUAUGUGCAGCAUUUUAUUAAGCUACAGGUACCAUCUCAAUUGCAUACAAAAAAUCCAUGCUAUUUAUUUUCAUAUAGGAGCUAUUGCAAUAGCUGAAAGUCUGUUCAGUGACUUAAACAGGAUAGUAAAAGAAAAUGCUGUUUUAUUAUGUGUUGCUAUGUAUUCAGGUUUACAUCCAUUUUUCUCUAACCAGAUUUUUGUUGUAGAAGAUCAUUUCUGAUUGUUGUCCUCUGUGCUGUUCACUGCUGCUUUGACUUGGCUCUGGUGAUCUAACUGAUAGACUGUAGGACUGAGAUACUGUUCUUAGCCUUUUUCUGAAGAAUGAAGUGAAUCUAGUACUUCUCACAUUGAAAAAUAUUAUGGGUGCACAUGUUUAUCUCUCUUGAGGCUGCAGUACAUGUUUCUCUUUCCACAGUCCUGGUUCUUUGGCUCAUUUUGCCUUGCAGUAGUGGACCAUGUGGGCUGUACUGAAAGGUGAACCACUGUCAAAUUAGUCAGUUCUUUGAAUUUCAGGGCACAGUGCCUGUUGAUAUAGUAAGUAGCCAAAUUGUGCAUGUGAGUAUCUGUUGGGUCGCCUUCCCUUCCAACCUUGUGCCCUGUGUUACCGGGUUAGGCUCCAGUUUGCCGCGACCCCGCUCAGGACAAGC